AUGGCAUCGUGCUCAGGUCGUCACCGCACAGCUCAAUUCACCAUCCGCUGCUUCUGAUUUGCGAGCUCAGAUCGCAGACGUUCUCGAAUCUGGGAAGCGGGGGGCGGGUGUUGGGCCUCCACUGCGCUUGGCUCUGCCGGUAGGAGAUGUGCAUGGUUACAUAUCUGUCAAUCAUGCCUGCAUCUACAUCUUGUGCACCAAGACCCGGGAUCGUUGUUCGUCUUGUGCAGCUGCUGCACGCCUCCUUCUGCUUCUACACCGCUGCGGUGGGGGCAUUCGGCGUCCUCGCAAGCAAGACCAGGAUGCAGUCCACUCUCACGCCCGACGCCAGCAACCCCACGCCCGCAGGAGGACGGACGCCGCUAAAGGCCUUCUAUGAGAAGGUGGGUGGGGACGAUGGCAACACGAACACGCUGUGACUCUGUUGUGUCCAUUUCCAGGGCGCCAGUGGGUGUGAGAAGCUUCGCGCGUUGGCUGCCGAGGGUGUGGCGGCCAAGUGGAAGGACAUCGGCAGCACGCACGGCAUUGAGCGGUGGGUGCGGCGGCUGGCGGGGGAGCCCCUGCAGACGAAAGGCCGUGUCUUCUUCCCCGCAAAAGACGGACUCGGACCCGCGCAGAUCCUCGACUACAUCUGGUAUGUCUGUCUGCACAUACCAUAUCGAGCAGGCGUGUGCGCUGCUGGUAUCUGUGUAUCUGUGCCUGAGUGCGUGCUUGUGUCAGGGACGAGAGCACCAAGAAGGAGUAUGAUCCCGAGUACGAGCAAGGUAGGCCGGCGGGCAGCCAGAUAGAUGGGACACUUCAAGUGCCAUGUGAGUGAGUGUGCGUACGUGUGUUGCAGGUUUCCGUGUCGCCGACUAUCCCGAGGAGAACCAAACGGCAGUGAAGGUCCUGUAUCAGGUAUAGACCAGACCACACACAAAGCAAACGAUUCAUGAUUCCUUCCUCUGCUACCCGUCUCUCUCUCUCUCUCUCUCUGUCGCAGGCCUACAAGACGCCCGGCCUGGGCAUCCCAGGGAGAGAUUUCAUCAUCCUGACAGCGAGGCAGGACCGCCAGCAGGACGGAGGCCGCAGCCGCGCGACCAUGUCUGUCCAGUCGGUCGACUGGAGCGAGGAGCUCACCAACACGUCCAAGCACCACUGGAGGGGCAAAGCCAUGGUAGGUAUGUGUGCACCGCACACACACAUGGCGGUGGCAUGUGGCACACGCACACAGCAAACAAAGAGUAUGGUGUGUGUAUACGGUCUGUGUGUACUGUGCGUGCGUGCGUGUGUGCGUGUGUGUGGUAGUUGUGUGGGUUUGACUGCGAGUCGCUUCCCGAUGGCGGUGUGCAGGUGACGUACAUCGAGCAGAUCGACGCGUGCGGGUCGAUCCCUGAGUGGCUGCAGCGGCAGGUCAAGAUCAGACACCUCGACAUGCUCAACACCAUCAAGACAAAUGUCGUCAACAAGUACUGACAAGCUGCAUGUAUAGAUCUGGAUGAGUGAGUUGCUGCCGAUAGGAAAGAAAGCGUCUCUACUGCAUCUGCGGGGGAGUGUCGUGUUGCCGCACAGGCCGCGUACGGCAGCAGCAACACUCCCCCGUCUGUGCGGCAGCGGGACACUCUCUUUCCCACGCCUCAUUGCGUUGCUUUGACUAGCUUGGCUAGCGAGAGACGUGAGUAGUUUUGUGCAGUCGUUGGUUUGUGUAUUGGUCUCUAUGUGCUUCGUCUGAUCGGGCGUGGAAUGCGCGCUGCUACGGCGCUGGAAGUGGUUGCGAGAGGAAGCAGAAAUACAUAUACACAAAUUAAGAACUCGGUAUCGCUCUACCUCGGAUCUCCCCUCAGCUCGAGCUCGCAAUAAAAUUGGGUGGGGGAAAAAAGCGGGCGUCCACCAUGGCAUCACCUCCCCAGAUCAUCAUCAGCGGGGCCCCAGCGUCGGGGAAGGGAACACAGUGCGAGAAGCUGGUGGAGCGGUUCGCCGCGGCGUGGUGCAUCUCUCCACGGGCGACCUGCUGAGGGCGGCCGUCAAGGAGGGCACCGAGGUGGGGCUCAAGGCCAAGGACUUCAUGGACAAGGGGCAGCUCGUCCCCGACGAACUCAUCAUCGGUGAGCAAAUGGGAUGUAGUGAAGUCGGGCGAUGUGGGGGAGGGGCAAGCACGGGCCAUUUCUCUCUUGCUGAGUGUGUCAGACCUGGUGAAGGAGUGCCUGACGACCGAAGAGUGCAAGCAGAAGGGAUGGCUGCUCGACGGCUUCCCCCGCACUGCUGUAAGGCUCGGGUGGCUGUGGGGGGUCGCAACCGACUGUCUGUCUGUCUGUCUGUCCUGUUUUUUGGCGGGCAGGUGCAAGGUGAGAAGCUGCGGGAGUCUGGCAUCAUCCCCGACUGUGUGGUUGGCCUGGAGGUGCCCGAUGAGGUCCUCAUCAAGCGCGUCGUCGGACGAAGGCUCGACCCCGAGACAGGUCAGCCAGCAGCCACUGGAGCCUGAGACGUGCAAACAACACAACACACACGGCUCUGAUGCACUCAGGCAAGAUCUAUCACCUUGAGUUCAAACCUCCGCCUGACGAUGCGGCGAUCAAGGCCCGCCUGCAGCACAGAAGCGACGACACCGAAGAGAAAUGCACAGUCAGACUGGCGGUGAGUGAGUGUGAGUCAACACAGACAGGACGGCCAAAGGAGACACCAGUGUGUGUCCUGUAUGUGUUGUGCAGGCAUUCCACAGCCACAACAAGGCUGUCAAGGACGGGUUCGCCCAGUGCUUCACGUCGGUCGAUGGCACCGGCAAACCUGAUGAGGUCAGCAAGAGACACACAGACAGACAGGGAGAUGGCUGGAUGGCGAGAGUGCCCACAUGAUGAGCGCAUGGCGUGUGUGUUGCUGUGGAUUGGUUGCAGGUGUCCCAGCGCGUGUGUGAGUGCAUCGAUGCGGCACUUAGCAAGAAGAAGUGAACGACCGACAGCACAGCACAGCAGCAGAGGAGUGAAAGAGAGCGUCCAAACGGAUGUCGCCUUGAUGCCUGCCCUGCCUGAUUCAUCACCUCACACACCCACAUGCAAUCCAAUGAAAUGCAGAGAAGAAAGAGAUAGAUAAGAGGUGUGUGUAGGUGUGCUGCCUUUUUCGUCUUUCAGUCGUCUGUCUUUCGGUCUGUCUUGUCGUGAUCGUGACUGCAGUCCUCUGCUAUGCAUAAGACCUCGUGUGCUGAGUGCUUUCGUCUUGUUUGGCAAUGCGGAGAGGG